CUUUUUCUUUUUCUUUCUCUUUAUUGGUUUCUUUGUAUUAUUAUUAUUAUUAUCAUGAAAAAAGUCUCUCUGUUGAAUUAUCCCUUCGAACUAGUUGCGCCUAUGGUGGCUAUUGGAUCUGUUCUUUUAUUACCUUUAGGCCCGCUUUUGAUCCCUCGUAUCUAUAUCUUGUUUUUAUUGAUUUAUUUUACUGUAUUCUUAUACACUCAAGUAAAUCAUCUUUUCAAAUUUUAUCUUACUGCAACUAAAAUGACAAGAACGAUUCGUAAUUAUAACAAUCAACGUAAUAAUAACCAAGAGCUUGACAACUCAUCACUUACCAUUACUACUAAAUCUAUUACAUCUACUACUCGUGAAAGAAUUCUUUCAGUUGAAGAACUUGAAGAAAUGGAAACUAGUUUAAAUUUUUAUAAUAAUACUCAACUGAUUCAUGCUUUUAUUAUACCAAACUAUGCGGAACCAGAAGCUCUUUUAAGAGAUACUAUUAAACGUCUAGCCAAUCAUAAAAAUGCUCAAACAAAUUAUGUUAUUAUUUUAGCUAUGGAAGCAUCAGAAUUAAAUUAUGAACAAAAGGCAAUUAAUUUAGAAAAUUACUUUAAAGACAGUUUUCUUCAGUUUAUUAUCACUGCUCAUCCUGCUGAUAUACCCGGUGAAUCGCGUGGUAAGGGAUCUAACGUUGCUUAUGCUGCAAGACAUGGCUGUGCUCAAAUGCUACAACAUGGAAUUGAUAGAAGACAAAUUAUUUUAACUAUAUCUGAUUCAGAUUCUUCCAUUUCUGAGCUAUAUAUUAGUGAGGUUGAAAAAUCUUUUAAUCAUGCUGAAGAUCCUUAUUACUUGUUAUUUGCACCACCUAUCUUCUUUUCUCGUAAUUGCUUUGAAGUUCCUGCCGCUGUUAGAAUGACGGAUAUUACUUGGUCUGCUAUGGUCAUGUCUAGUUUAAGUAAUAGUCGUGGUCUUUCUUUCCCUUGUUCAACUUAUAGUUUAAGCAUGAUAUUAGCAGAAAGAGUUGGCUAUUGGGAUACAGAUGCUGAUUCAGUAGGAGAAGAUAUGCAUAUGAUGUUGAAAUGUUUCUUUAAAACCGAUGGACUCGCUCGCUGUUGUCCUAUCUUUGUACCUAUCAAUUUAACAAAUGUUCAAACAUCAGGUUAUCUAGCAAAUAUGAAUGCAAGAUUCGUUCAAGCAAAGCGACACUAUAAUGGUAUUGCUGAUUUGGCCUAUACACUUCGAAAUUCAUUUGGAGUAAAAGAUACAAGUAAAUUAGAUAACUUGGCAUUCACAAAAAAGACAAGUUUACUUUAUAGUUCUCAUUCAUUUUGGCUUGAUAAAUUAAUUAUGUGUACAAAGGUAAUGGAAGCUCAUCUUAUUCCUGUUAGUUCUGGUUGGCUUAUGUUUGCUGCUGUACCUUUGAUGCAAUUCAUCUUAUUUCCUCCUCAUUCUAUGAUUGCCUUCGUUGACCCUUCAGAUAAUCCAAUUCUUACUUCAGAGUUUUAUUCAACUUUGUGGAACAUUGUUAAGAUCAUCACUGUCUUUUUACCACUUCCUUUAUUUGGAACUUUGGCUAUCUAUGAGCGCCUUCACCGAAUCGUUGAUCGGGAACUGUAUCGCAAAUCAGAAUCUCGUAAUUGGCGUAACACAUUUGAUUAUAUCUCUUUACCUAUUGCUGCUUGGGCUUUUAUGACAAUUCCAGCUACUAUUGCUUGUAUCAAAAGACUCUACAAAACAAAUGAUAAAUAUAUUGUAGCAGAAAAGUUUUUUGAAGCAGUAGAUAACGAACCAUAAUAAUAAUAAUAAUAAUAAUAUAUACACCUAUAUGCAUCAUAUAUUUAUAUAUCUUAAUACUCACUAAUUAUAAUACAAG